GACUUUUGUUUUGUUCCCUUUUCCACUCAAGCGCAAACCCGGAAGAAGGAAAUAAUGUCCGUCGUCGUCCACUAGCUCAAGUCAGUUUGAGGUCGAGUGGAAGUUAACCAUGGCGAUGACAAGUCAGACGUCCUGCUCCUCGAUGAGCAACCACACUAAGGAAAGGGUCACCAUGGCCAAAGUGACGCUGGAGAAUUUUUAUAGCAACCUGAUAUCACAGCAUGAGGAAAGGGAAAUGAGGCAGCAAAAAUUGGAGAAGGUCAUGGAUCAAGAGGGACUAGGUGAUGAAGAGAAGUGUCUCCGGCGGUCUGAGCAUGCUAGGAAAGAGACUGAGUUUCUUCGUCUCAAGCGAACACGGCUUGGAUUAGAGGACUUUGAGUCACUCAAAGUGAUUGGCCGAGGAGCUUUCGGAGAGGUGCGGUUAGUUCAGAAGAAGGACACAGGACACGUUUAUGCCAUGAAAAUCUUGCGUAAGGCUGAUAUGCUUGAGAAAGAACAGGUUGGCCAUAUUCGAGCAGAAAGGGACAUCCUUGUAGAGGCAGACAGUCUGUGGGUGGUGAAGAUGUUCUACAGCUUUCAGGAUAAGAUGAACCUCUACCUCAUCAUGGAGUUUCUGCCUGGAGGUGAUAUGAUGACUCUACUGAUGAAGAAAGACACUUUAACGGAGGAGGCCACACAGUUUUAUAUUGCUGAGACUGUGCUGGCUAUUGACUCCAUUCACCAGAUGAGCUUCAUCCACAGAGACAUCAAACCAGACAAUCUUCUGCUGGACUCAAGGGGCCACGUGAAGUUGUCUGAUUUUGGCCUAUGCACUGGUCUGAAGAAAGCUCACCGCACAGAGUUCUACAGAAACCUUAAUCACAGCCUUCCCAGCGACUUCACAUUCCAGAACAUGAACUCGAAGAGGAAAGCAGAAACAUGGAAACGAAACAGGAGACAGUUGGCCUUCUCCACUGUUGGAACCCCUGACUACAUCGCUCCAGAAGUGUUUAUGCAAAAUGGGUAUAACAAGCUUUGUGAUUGGUGGAGUUUGGGCGUCAUUAUGUAUGAAAUGCUGAUAGGUUACCCUCCAUUUUGCUCUGAGACGCCUCAAGAAACUUACAGGAAAGUGAUGAACUGGCAGGAAACUUUGACAUUUCCACCUGAGGUCCCAAUUUCAGAAAAGGCCAAGGAUCUGAUCCUCAGGUUCUGCUGUGAGAGUGAGCACAGGAUUGGAGCCACUGGAGUGGAGGAGAUCAAAACUAACCCUUUCUUUGAGGGAGUGGACUAUGACCAUAUCAGGGAGAGGCCAGCGGCUAUUCCGAUUGAGAUCAAAAGCAUUGACGACACCUCCAACUUUGACGAGUUUCCUGAUUCAGACAUCCUCCAGCCUUCAGUCGCUCCUGUGUCCAACCACACUGAGGCAGAUCUGAAGAGUAAAGACUGGGUGUUCAUCAACUACACCUACAAGCGCUUUGAGGGGUUGACCGCACGGGGAGGCAUCCCAUCGUACAUGAAAACUGGGAAGAGAUAGGCUUCAGUAGCACUUGAUAACUUGCUGCACUCUUUCAAUGGUUGUUUUUCCAAAAGGAGAUAUUCUCCAUUGCUCCUCCUCGCAUCUGAAGGAUCCUACAUCAUCCGUUUCCUGUUUUGACUCACCCAUUUAUGGAUGUGGACUUCACCCACACUCAGUCCAUAGAAAGACACGUGCAAAGUUUUAUCUAAGGGCUUCUUUUACUUUUAACAUUUUUUAAAAUUUUGUUGCGCUCACCAUCCAAGAUCUCAGCGACAAUGGAAAACAUGGGGCUUCGUAAGUCAGUCUGAUCUGAAUGUGAUUCACACAAACCCCCAGAGCUGCAGAUGUUGCCUUGCAUUCGGAUCUUCCUUAUACACCAGCAGAAACAUCAUGAAUGCAUUUGCCAAUCAAACCAAAUUGUUCAUCAACAUACCAGGAAACUUUACCAGCUGAUGUCAAAGACCAAGCAAACUCUAGCAAACGGACCAGUGUUUGUUUUUUAUUUAAUGGGUUGUUUUAGCCACUGACUGAUUCAGAAGUUGCUUGGUGCUAAUGCUGUUGUUUUUCUUAAUAAAGGGGCAUGUUGCUGAUGUUUGGGGAACAAAGCCACUUUUUUUUUGCAUCUUGAGGAGAAUAACAACACUAUUCAGGGAUUUGAAUUUGAUCGAGUCUUCCAUUUUAAUAUGGGGAUGAAAUGUUCAAUGCAAAAUUUUUAUAUUACCAAAGAGGCUCCACUUUUGAUCGGCUUUAUGGGCUUGACUCUCGAUGUUGUUUGAUCGUGGAUGCUUUGGCUUUCAUACAGCAUUAAUUCUUAAGCUGUUAACGUAUAAACCUGUAGCAAAAUAUUAAUUCCAUAAUGGUUCCAAUCAGUCUGCGUUAUUGGAAGCUGCUUGUAUCAGCAUGUUGCUUGUGAGGGCUGACUUUGUAAAAAUCAAACAAAGGUGCAAGUAUGAUUUUCAGAAGUGUGUGGGAUUCCAGACAGUGAAUGACUGAGUCAUAUUUCUACAAUCAGGACCCAUAUGUCUUCUUUCUGUGACCAAAUUGAAUGUAUCUUGAAGAUUCAAAGAGGCUUCUAGAAGUUGCAUUCAUUUAGGAUUGGCUGCCCUGGAAUGAUCUGAGAUUCACCUAAAUGCUUAAGUGAAUGAUUUGGCGACUACACACAGCAUGACAAAGGUUUUGUAUAUGGAAUUGCUUGUUAGAUCUCUAGCUGAGCAGCUGUUGAACACAAUAUACUGCUAGAGAAAUGUUAUCACAAAUAACAGAUUACUGUAUCCCAGAAUGCUACAAAUAGAAGUAGCAUGAAAUCGUGAUUGAAUGGUGUGUUUUUAUCCUUAGAGCAAUAUGUGACCGUCUUAGGUCUGGAUGUGUAUUAUUAUUAUUAUUUUUUAAUAUAUAAUAGUGGCUGGAGAUUUUCAUGCUGUCUGAGAGUCGGCCUGUUGCAUGUUUUUGUGUGCUGGACAAGUCAAAAGAGCUAUGAAUGAAUUUGAGAAUUAGUAUUUUGAUUUUCUUUGUGCUGCUUUGUUUAUUUGUUUCACUUGUUCUACUAUCAUUGAAUGGGAAUAUGUGAGGGUGAUUUCAUGGUUAUCGCUUAUGAAAGAUGGCUUGAUGAAAUUAUACACUGUCUACAAGUAGCAGAUCACAGGCUGGGCUGCUUUGUAUCUCUUGUUGCUGUAUUGCACAUGCUGAAAAUUAUCAUGAAACCAGCGUGUCAUAAUGAUAGUGUCUUUUUUUAAAAUCUCACCUAUUUUUCUGUGGGUUUCUUGCUUGCAUCCUUGUCCUAAUGUGAGGAUACUCUCUUUGAAAGAGAAAAAGGACUCUUUUUUUUUUUUUUCUCAAAGAUUAACAAUGCACCUUUUGCUAGUUGUGAUGUCAUGUAUAUUUAAAAUACACACACACACACACGUGUCAAGUUAUUAAAUACACACUGAAUGACUGUUUGCCUGUAAGAGUUUGUAAUUCUUUCUGCAACUUUUUUCACCUAACCAGAUAUAGACUAGUCUUAAGAUUUUCGGGGUCUAUAUUUACUUGCUUAGAGCUAAAGAAAUAAUUACACCAAUGUGUAUAAAGGAGUUUAUUCACACUGGCACUAGUGCUCACAAACUAUCGGUGCAGGAGAUCUCAGAUUUUUUGCUGUUAAUCCAGUGCUGAUGGAGGAACAGCACUCCUGCUUCUGAAUGGUUUUGAACACGGUUCCAGUUUUCACUGAUGUCACAUUCUGCUGUGGGAGGUGGACAUUUGUCCUCUCUCUGCCUUAAGUUUGAGUUGUAGAGUGUUUGUGGAUUUUUCCUGCGCUCACAGAGCACCUUUCACUGGUUUAUUUGUUUGAUAGAGAGUUUGUUUUUGAGGUGUGGGCACACUUUGACCUGUUAAACGUCCUGAAUAAAAUACCAGUUAAUUUAAAUGAGUAUGAGGCUCUUCUGUUCCUUUUACAUAGGAACAUUUUGUACCUUAAAACAUAUAUUAUACAUUUUGAAUAAAAAAAAGUCC